UUAGCCUUCUCUUCUUCUUCUUCUUCUUCUUCUUCUUCUUCAACUCUCUCUUCAGUCUCUAUCUAUGGCCAUACCCUGCUCUGCUAUAGCCUCGGGCCAACCAACCAAAAACCCCCAAUAAGCGCCUCAAACCGACCCUUUUUUACGGGUUUUGCCACUGUCGAACCAAACCCAUAACAAUACAACUCUGGCUGGUCCUUGCCGUUUGACCCAUUGCGGGAGACUCAUGGAGGCCAUGGCCACCGGCGCCUCGUAUUGCGGCCCACUGGGUCCCGCCUUCCCUUCUCACUUCUCUCUCCUCAAGAGGCCUUCCUCUUGCUUCUCCUUUGUGGCUCACUCCUAUUCCUCUUCUUCUUCUGCUCGCCCUCUCUCAGCUUAUUCCGAGGCCGUCCACAGGCGUGAUAUCUGCAAAAACCAGAGUUCUGUAAAUACUUCCAUGUGUAGUGUUUCUUUCACCAAUCCAUUGGUUGAAGGAAAUCCCUUACCGCGACACAAAAUUGGGACUAAACAGUCUUGGCAAGAACAGGCUGAAGUGUAUAAAAGAAACAGAAUGGAAGUCCCUAAUGUAAAGUGUACAGAUGGUGUGGUGAGUAUCACCUACUGUCAAAUGAAUACGAAAAAGAAUGUUGAACACAAACCUUACGAAUUUUCUGAUGGAAGGAAUUUUGAUAGUAAGGGAAAUUUAACUGUGCCUUUCACUGAAAUGGACACUUGGAAGGAGACAAUAUCGCAAGCACAACACAAGAUGAAGACCGUGCCUUCUUAUUUUGAUAAAGGAUCUGAAAGGCCUCCUCAUGAUUCCAACCAUUUGGGGCAAGAUAAGGUACAUUGUGAUGAAGCAGUUGGCGUGAGGAAUGCAAAGUUAUCACAGAAACCAAAAUCAAGGAAUAAUACGCCUCCUAAUGUUGAGAAAAUGGUUGCGAAGCUGCAGCAAAAACUUGAUUCCAAUCAGGUGCUUGCUCCAAAUGGAAUGCAUGAUGUUACUGCCGAAGAUUUUGCUCUAGAUAUGAACAAGACCGAUGGUCCAAAAUCAAGGAAUAACACACUUCCUAAUGUUGAGAAAAGGGUUGCAAAGCCACAGCAAAAAUUUGAUUUGGAUCAGGUGCCUGCUCCAAUUGGAAUGCAUGAUGUUAGUGCCGAAGAUUUUGCUCUAGAUGUGAACAAGAUCAAUGGUCAUAUAAUUAAUGGUUCAAGUCAGUCGGAAUUAUUGCCAGAGCAAGGUUCAACAGAGGUAGUCCAGCCUAAGAAGACUCCAAAUAUUCGUGGGGAGCUUGUUAAAUUAUACAACAAAGUUCUUGUUGUAAAUAGUGUCCCUGUUGCGAGGAAAGUUGUCCAGUUGCUUACUAACUCUUACAGGCAUCUUGUCCAUGCGUGUGAUACGGAGGUGGCCAAGAUUGAUGUGAAGGACGAAACUCCAGUUGAUCAUGGGGAGAUUAUAUGUUUCAGUAUUUACUGCGGACCAGAAGCUGAUUUUGGAAAUGGGAAGUCUUGUAUCUGGGUAGAUUUGCUUGAUGGUGACGGAAAGAAAAUUUUAACUGAGUUUGCCCCAUUUUUUGAAGAUCCUUCCAUUAAAAAGGUUUGGCACAAUUAUAGCUUUGACAGCCAUAUUAUAGAGAACUAUGGUCUUAAACUUUCUGGUUUUCACGCUGACACAAUGCAUAUGGCUCGUCUGUGGGAUUCAUCAAGGCGUGCAAUGGGUGGUUAUUCUCUUGAAGCACUUACGGGUGACCCAAUUACCAUGUCUGACUCUGGGCUACUCUUCAAUGAAAAGGAUUUAAUGGGUAAAGUGUCAAUGAAAACCAUAUUUGGCAGAAAAAAGUUAAAGAAAGAUGGAACUGAAGGCAAAUUGACUACUAUUGCGCCGGUCGAGGUGCUACAAAGAGAAGAGCGGGUGCCUUGGAUCUGUUAUUCUGCCCUAGAUGCAAUUAGUACGCGUAAGCUUUAUGUGAGUUUGAGAAGAAAACUAUCAAAUAAGUCAUGGCAAAUUAAUGGCAAGGCAGCCCCUGGAAAAUCUAUGCUUGAUUUUUAUGAAAAAUACUGGCGUCCGUUUGGCGAGCUUCUAGCUAAAAUGGAGACUGAGGGGAUGCUGGUUGAUCGGGCAUAUCUUGCUGAGAUGGAAAAGUUAGCAAAGAGGGAGCAAGAGGUUGCUGUUAACAGGUUCCGCAAGUGGGCUUCCAAGUAUUGUCCAGAUACCAAGUACAUGAAUGUUGGAAGUGAUACACAACUGCGCCAGCUCCUUUUCGGUGGGAUUCAGAACAGAAAGAACCCUGAUGAGAGUCUUCCCCUGGAGAAGACUUUUAAAGUUCCAAAUGUUGAUCAAGUGAUUGAAGAAGGAAAGAAGGCUCCAUUAAAAUUUCACAAUAUCACAAUACAUAAAAUUGAAGCUAAUUUCCCUGUGGAGAUGUACACAGCGAGUGGUUGGCCCUCAACCAGCAUAAACGCCCUAAAGAUUUUGGCUGGGACGGUCUCUGCAGAAUUUGAUUUCACGGGUGAUGCCGAACACUCAGAGUCCAGUGUCGAAGUCGAAGGUGAUAUUGAUGCAAGCGUGGAUGAAAUUUCUGAAAAGCAAGAACCAGAAAAGCAAGAAGUGAGCAAUUCUGCUUAUGGAACAGCAUUGGAAGCAUUUGAUACGGAGGAGGAGGGAAGAGAAGCAUGCCAUGCCAUUGCUGCUCUGUGUGAAGUUUGUGCCAUUGAUUCACUAAUUUCCAACUUCAUCCUCCCUUUGCAGGGCCGCAAUAUAUCAGGCAAGGAUGAGCGUAUUCAUUGCUCGCUAAACAUCAAUACAGAAACCGGGCGCUUAUCUGCUAGGAGGCCCAAUUUGCAGAAUCAACCUGCUCUGGAGAAAGACCGAUAUAAGAUCCGUCAAGCAUUUAUAGCCGCACCUGGAAAUUCCCUUAUUGUUGCUGACUAUGGACAGUUGGAACUUCGGAUUCUGGCUCAUCUGGCCGAUUGUAAGAGCAUGUUGGAGGCGUUCGAAGCUGGUGGAGAUUUUCAUUCGAGGACAGCAAUGAAUAUGUAUGCCCAUAUUCGUGAAGCCGUUGAGACAAAACAGGUUCUUCUUGAGUGGGAUCCUCAACCUGGAGAAGACAAACCUCCAGUUCCAUUGCUGAAGGAUGCAUUUGGUUCUGAAAGAAGAAAAGCGAAAAUGCUCAACUUUUCAAUUGCAUAUGGGAAAACUCCAGUUGGACUUGCCCGGGAUUGGAAGGUUUCUCUGGAAGAAGCAAAGAAAACUGUUGAACUCUGGUACAAAGAAAGGCAAGAAGUGCGAAGAUGGCAAGAGAAGCGUAAAGAGGAAGCUCGCCGUGACAGAUGUGUUCGAACCUUGCUAGGACGUGCCCGCUGGUUCCCUUCAAUGGAAACCUCUACUUAUGCUCAAAGAGGUCACAUCGAAAGGGCUGCAAUUAAUACACCCGUGCAGGGUAGUGCUGCUGAUGUUGCCAUGUGUGCCAUGUUGGAGAUCUCCAAACAUGAACGUUUGAAGGAGCUUGGAUGGAGGUUGCUUUUACAGGUUCAUGAUGAAGUAAUCUUGGAAGGGCCAUCAGAGUCAGCCGAGGUCGCCAAGGCAAUUGUUGUCGAGUGCAUGUCAAAGCCCUUCGACGGCAAGAAUAUCCUCAAUGUUGAUCUUGCUGUUGAUGCCAAGUGUGCACAAAACUGGUAUGCCGCAAAGUAAACGAUUACCGCUUUGGAUCCGAGGCUUCCUACUCACUCUAGUUUCGCAGAUUAAAUUUGUGAUGAUCCAAAAAAUCGCCAUCUGAUUGCCAGCCCGGGUAAAGCGCUAAUCCAAUGGAAUUGAGUUAUAUCAGGCUGGUGUGAAAUUUUCCAUCAUCUAAGAUGAUGUGUCUGUCACAAACGGCCAAGAAUUAAAUUAUUCUGAGGGCCUCAUCUGCUGCUGUAUCAUAAAAGGUUUUGAUUGCGUUGAAUGUAAUCUUGUGGUAUUGAGCGCCAAGAUAUGCGUACCUUGUACAUAUGAAAAUUUCAUUGUCUGUUUCUGUUAAUAUCAUCAAAUUCUGUUUUUUGAGCAAGAAA